AUGCGGUCUCCAUUUACCCCUCUAGCAAUCGGCUUUGGCUUCCUAUCCAACGCUGGGGCCUUGACAAUCCCUUCUUUUCCGCAGCAGCUCCUUGGGGCUUCGGCUGCAGAAGAGAUUUGCCCUCUUCCUGCAAAGGUCACUUUCGACGACAGCAAUCUCUUCCCAUCUGUUCAAUACUUCCAAAAUGAAACCAUCCUCCAGCGUCAAGUUGAUCGUCUUUCCAGAGCUGUUCAAAUCCCGACUCAGAUCACUGAUUACAUGACUGAUCCCAAUGACGACGCAUUUGCGCCCUUUGUUGACUUCCACAAGCUUCUUGCUGGGCUCUUUCCUCUUGUCUACUCCAAAGCCAAGAUCGAGCACGUCAACCGCUUCAAUCUUAUAAUAACACUUGAACCUCCCUCGGAAACUGUAGAAAAGAGAAAGCCCCUUCUCUUUACGGCUCAUCAAGAUGUGGUCCCUAUUAACGAUGCCUCAGACUGGACGCAUCCUCCCUUCUCAGGGUAUUUUGAUGGCGAGUUUCUCUGGGGACGAGGAAGCAGCGACUGCAAAAACGGCCUUAUCGGUCUUCUCUCUGUAGCCGAGGAUCUCCUAUCUCAGAACUGGACGCCAUCUCGACCGAUUGUCCUGGCGUUUGGAUUCGACGAGGAGGCACAAGGGUAUAUUGGUGCUGCGCGAAUCGCUCCGGUUCUGGAGGAAAGAUAUGGGAAAGAUGGAGUAGAAUUCAUCCUUGACGAAGGAGGUGGCGGUAUCACCACCCUUCGCUCAUCGUUAUCUUCCGCUGGAGAGGAAUUUGAGGACGAGAGUGUGAUUUACGCGCUCCCGGAUGUUGGCGAGAAAGGCGCCGUCACGAUCGUCCUUACCCUCGCUGUCCCUGGUGGCCAUAGUUCCGUUCCGCCCAGACAUACCGGGGUCGGCAUAAUGUCGGAAAUUAUUUACAAGCUAGAGAAUACUGAGCUUGACAUUUUCACGCCCAUUUUAGGGUCUAAUCACCCUUCUCGCCGAGUGUUUGAGUGCCAGGUCCGCCAUUCUCCUGAAUAUGUGGAGGACUGGCUUGCUUCUGCGCUUGACUCGGAUGAUCAGGCAGCAACGGCCGAAGCAAUUGCUAGGUCUCGUGGAGAAAGCGUUCGAUUCACUCUCCAGUCGUCCCAGGCAGCGGAUAUAUUCAAUGGAGGCAUAAAGAGCAACGCGCUUCCGGAAAAGAUCACCGCUGUCGUGAAUUAUCGCAUCGCAUUGCACCAAACCCCGAAGAUGCUCCAAGACCGAGCGGAGAAGAUCAUAGAGCCCAUUGUAGAGAAGUUCAAUUUGACCUGGUCCAGAUUCUUGGAUACCAACAAGGACGAGAUCAGCAGUGAAGUGGCAAGCAGUGGUCAUCUCACGCUCUCGACCCUAAAUUCUCCUCUCGAGCCAGCCCCCGUUAGCCCUACUGAUAUCGAUACAAGUCCCGUUUGGGCACGGUUUGCCGGUGUCGCCCGCUCGGUCUUCGAGUCUGUUCCAAGUCUGAAAGGCAAAACUGUCGUUGUUGGUGGGGACAUCACCACCGGCAACACGGAUACCAGGCUUUACUGGAACCUAUCGCCAAACAUUUACCGCUGGAGUCCCGCGCGCGAGGGCCGUGCGUUGAAUAUCCACACUGUGGAUGAAAGAGUUGGCAUUGAUGCUCACCUCGAGGCGAUGAUGCUGUAUUAUGAUCUGAUCCGGGCCUUUGAUGCAUGGGACGCUGCGGAACAACAAACCUCAGACCUUUGA